AUGUGCGCCAGCCGGCUAUCGAAGCUGGCCACUGUGGCCGACUACAGCCAGCUGCCCCCCGCGCUGGACCUGGCCGACGUGACGUUCUUCUGGGUGGGUCUGCGCUCGACUCCGGACCGGGCCGGUCGGCUGUACUGGGACGACGGCAGCCUCGUGACGGACACCCACUGGCUGCGGCUGACCUCUGACGAGCCCGACGGCGACCAGUUCGGGCCCAACCACGACUGCGUGGUGGUAAACGGCCUGCGCCCCGAGGAAAUGUACGCCGUGGGCGAGUGGGCAGACUACGACUGCUCCUGGAAGUACCGCUUCCUGUGCGCGCUGGGAACGUAUAGUCUCUCUUGA